AAAAAAAAUAUUUGAAAAAAAAAAAAAAAAACCUGCGCCUCUGUCUCCUUUCUCUUCCAGCCUUUAAAACUUUCAGACAAAUUCCAGUUCGGUCUGGUCCAGUCCAGUGCAUGUAAAUACAGUUAGGGUUUUUGUUACUCUCUCUCUGUUGUAAUAUUAUUUAGUAAAGUUAAAUUUAGCACCGACAAGAUAAGGCAACAGCAAUGAUUCAUCAUCGAGUGAAGUUAUUGAGUCGACUCACUUUGAUUCAGGCUCUAAUGGCUGUCUUUAUUCUUUACCUUCUAUUCAUGACCCUUCAAGUCCCUCUCGUUCUCAAAACCGCCCUUCUUUACGCUUCUGACGGCUCUCUCAGCGAUGCCUUACCCAGGCCUCUAUAUUUGGCGGAUUCUGUUCGGGUCGAACCGAGAAGGAUAAUGAGAGAGACCCGAGCAGUCUCGGGUCUUUUCUUCAACGACACCGUCUUCGAUGCCAUUGAAACUGCCACUGACGAGUUCUCUGUGCUCCACAAGGCUGCAAGACAGGCGUGGGUUGUUGGUAAGAAACUAUGGGAAGAGGUGGAGUCGGGUAAAAUCCGACCCGACUUGAAUAAAGGCAACACCACUGAACAAAAGUGUCCAAACUCGAUUGUUUUAUCGGAGUCCGAGUUCGGGGCUCGGAACUGGAUCGUGGAGCUGCCGUGCGGGUUGACAUUAGGGUCCCACAUAACGGUGGUGGGGAAGCCAAGGUGGGCUCACCCGGAGCGAGACCCGAAAAUAGCUUUGGUGAAGGAAGGGGAGGAGGCAGUGAUGGUGUCACAGUUCAUGAUGGAGCUUCAGGGAUUGAAGACCGUUGAUGGAGAGGACCCACCUAGGAUUUUGCAUUUCAAUCCCAGAUUGAAAGGUGAUUGGAGUGGGAAACCAGUGAUAGAGCAGAAUACUUGUUAUCGGAUGCAGUGGGGCAACGCUUUGAGGUGUGAGGGCUGGAGUUCUAGAGCUGAUGAGGAAACUGUUGAUGGACUGGUGAAAUGUGAGAAGUGGCUUCGUGAUGAUGAUAGUAGCUCAGAAGAUUCUAAGGCGACCUGGUGGUUGAACAGGCUGAUAGGGUGGAAAAAGAAGAUGUCAUACAACUGGCCCUAUCCUUUUGUAGAGGGCAAAUUGUUUGUUCUUACACUGAGUGCUGGCUUGGAAGGUUAUCACAUCAAUGUUGAUGGGAGACAUAUCACUUCUUUUCCAUAUCGCACUGGAUUUGUUCUUGAGGAUGCCACUGGACUAUAUUUGAAUGGGGAUGUUGAUGUACAGUCUGUAUUUGCUGCUUCUCUACCUGCUUCACAUCCAAGCUUUGCUCCACAGCAGCAUCUUGAGAUGUUUAAAAAGUGGCAAGCACCUCCUCUUCCUAAUGACCAAGCAGAGCUCUUCAUUGGUGUCCUCUCUGCUGGCAACCAUUUUGCUGAGCGGAUGGCUGUGAGGAAAACCUGGAUGCAGCAUGAGUUGAUAAGAUCUUCAAAAAUUGUUGCUCGGUUUUUUGUAGCAUUGAAUGGAAGAAAGGAAAUAAACGUGGACCUAAAAAAAGAAGCAGAGUAUUUUGGUGAUAUUGUUAUUGUUCCUUACAUGGAUAACUAUGAACUUGUUGUCUUGAAGACUGUUGCUAUCUGUGAAUAUGGGGUCCGUACAGUGGAUGCAAAGUAUAUCAUGAAGUGUGAUGAUGAUACUUUUGUUAGAGUGGAUGCCAUGAUCAAGGAAGCGAAGAAAGUGCGGGGAGAUGGGAGCCUAUACAUUGGAAACAUUAACUACUACCACAAGCCCUUGCGUAAUGGUAAAUGGGCUGUGACGUAUGAGGAAUGGCCAGAAGAAGAGUAUCCACCCUAUGCAAAUGGUCCAGGCUACAUCAUUUCAUGUGACGUUGCGGAUUUUAUUGUAGCUGAGUUUGAGAGUCACAAGUUGAGAUUAUUUAAGAUGGAAGACGUGAGCAUGGGAAUGUGGGUGGAAAAGUUUAACAAUUCAAAACCCGUAGAAUAUAUCCACAGCUUGAAGUUUUGCCAGUUUGGAUGCAUUGAAGAUUAUUACACUGCUCAUUAUCAGUCGCCAAGGCAGAUGAUAUGCCUCUGGGACAAAUUAAAUCAAGGAAAAUCCCAGUGCUGCAAUAUGAGAUGAUUAUAAAUUUAUCAUGUCAGCAAUGAUUACAAUAUGAUAAACGCGAGGAACAGAUGAAAGCAACACAGAAGCAAGUUUUGCGGUGGUUGUACAUCUCUGUACAUAUUCAAAGGGACUUAAGUUAAGAUGUAGCAGGAUUCUGGAUUCUCAUGGAGUCCAUUCAUUAUAUUUUAAUUUCCCCUUUUCCCCUCUUGAUUGUUGCUCUAGAAUAGGUAUAGAGGGAUAUUUCUGUGGCUUGAAAAAGACAUGUCGAAGUUUUGUAUUCUGGAGAGGGAAACACUCAAAAGACUGAAGCAGAAAGAAUGCAAAUAUUCUCUUUAACUAA